AUGAACCCUCAUAUUCGCUGCGCCAAAAUCUGUGUCCCCAAAAGUUUAUUGGAUGGGUUUAUGCCUGCCUUGCUGUGGGCCAAUGGGUGUGCAUUUGGCACCUGCUAUAAAUGGCAAACUCCACUUGUUCUCUUUAUUCAGAGCUCGAACGACGCCAUGGAAGAUGACAACAACAACAACAAGACGAAGAGAUCGGGAGAGGGGGAGUCCAGCACCCGGUACAGAGGCGUCAGACGGCGGCCGUGGGGGAAAUACGCGGCUGAGAUUCGGGACUCGACUAGACUAGGAGGACCUCGGCUGUGGCUGGGGACUUUUGAUUCGGCGGAAGAGGCAGCUCGAGCUUACGAUAGAGCUGCUUUCUCGAUGAGGGGUGCUUCCGCUGUUCUCAACUUUCCGGAUGAACAUAUGGUUUCACCCACCACCACCACCGCUAAUUCUCCUCCGCUACCGCCGCCGCCGUCUUCUUCUUCUUAUACUGCAUCAAUGGGUUCUUCUUCUUCUUCUACAGUGAGAGGAAAUGUGGAAGGAAGGAAAGACGAUGAAGUUCUGGAGUUGGAAUACUUGGAUGACAGAUUGUUAGAGGAACUUCUGGAUUUUGGAAAUAAAGAAACGAAGAAAGACUGAAACA